CCAAGGUGGAGUUCAUUCCAUCGACGCAGUUGGCCGUGACUAGACGUCAAUUGAAUGUUCGCGUUUUGUUUUUUGCAUAUUCCCAGCUCUCUAGUGUUCGAUUGAACCUAAGUUGUGAUCCUGUGCAGAUUCGAAAACGGCCCAUUGCGACAAUGGCCGACGAGAAGAAGAAAAAGGAGGAGAAGGAAGAUCCGUGCGCUGCAUUCGUCGGGAGUUACGUCCUGAAGACGAUGCGGCUCAAAGACGAAAAGUGGCAGAAGCUAAUGGGAAACGAAGAACUGAAGGUGAUCGUUAUGGAGUGGGUCAAACGGGCCAACGUCCGACGGCUUAUCGUGACGCUGAACAAUGCCGGAGCGUUGAUUCCGACGCACUUUUUUCCUGCAACUGGGAAGGGUAAAAGGUGCUUCUUCAUCAAGAUCAAGGAAACGAUACUGGACAUUGACUGCAUCCGUGAGCAAAUCAUGUACGGUGACCUGUCGGCGAACCCGAUCGAUGACCUUGCCGCAAUAGUGGACGGAAUCUUCUACCCGAUUAUCAGCAACCCGCGGAAUCAGGAAGGCUGGCCGGACGUAAUCAAGAAGGAUGUGGACAGCCACUUCCAGGACCUGCGGAACAUUAUUACAGAGGUGAAGGGUAACAUCAUUAAUCAAACGCUGCUACCGAUGCCCAUUUCGAUCGGAGAAGUGGAAAGCGUCGGUCUGCAAGUUGCCGAAGGAAACCUUGACGGCUGCACUCUGAAGAUGAAGAAUUCGCUCGAGGGCAUCGUCAUCAAGUGGGCCUACCAGAUCAACGACGUUCUCAAGGAGGAUUCGUUCAGCAUUUUCAAAGAUGGUCAUCAGCCUUCACCGUUGGAGGAGUUGAGCUUCUGGGAUGCUCGGCGAGACAAUUUGCGAAACAUUUACUCACAGCUGCUUGAGCCCCGGGUUCGUCAUAUUGGCGUCAUACUGGAAGGGAUCGAUUCGGUGUACUAUUCGUCUUUCAAGAGCACCUUCCAAAGCGUAGUCCAGGCUGUUCACGAGGCGGAUGACAUCACUCUGUACCUGAAACCAUUGAGAAAGCACUUCGAAACGUUUGAGAGCACCGAGUUCACUGAUUCGCUGGAACUGAUUGCACCGAUGCUGCACUGUGUCUGCCUUAUGUGGGCCCACUCGUUCUACUACGGAAGCAAUGCCCGAAUGAUGAUUCUGUUCAAGAUGAUCAGCAAUAUGAUGAUCGCUGAGGCGUCCAAAUGCCUGGACCCGGGUUCACUGUUCCAGGGCGAACCAGAUGAAUGCCUGGUGAAAAUCAACAACGUUAUUGACAUUCUGAUUUACUACAAAGAACAAUUUCACGACUUUCGAUCACGUCUGGAGAGCUUCCGGCAGCCCAGUACCCAACCAAGCUAUUGGACGUUCCGCUUGCAAACGAUUUUCGAUCGGUUGGAUUCAUUUCUCGCACGUCUAGAGCAGAUCAAGCAAAUCUUCUACACUGCUACCGAGUUUCGUAAAUUGGAGAAGGUCGAAAUCGGAGGUCUUCGCGGUCGAGCUAUCAGCCGGAAGAUUCAGGACGUCUACGAUGACUUCAACAAGCUGUAUCUUCGUUGGGGCAUGAUACAGUACGAUCCGCUGGAUCCAGACCCAAAAGAGGGCAGCUUCGAACACGAUCGGGCCAAGUACCAGACUAAAACUGAUGUUCUGGAGCGAAAGUUAGCGGCCCAGUUUGUCCUCGCAUUCGAUGAAUGCUUCAACGUUGAUCAGCUGAUGAAAUUGGUAACAAUCGCCGGUACGCUUUUGAACAGACCGCUGAUUUUGCCGGACAUUCAUCGGAAGAUCGACAAUAUCGUGCAUUUGUACAACAACGAUCUGAACAUUGUGAAACGGAUUUUCGACGAAGGAUGCGAAGCGUACGCGAAGCAUGGACUAGAGGGGCUUCCCAUCGACACGGCUUUUCCACCGGUGGCAGGAGCUAUCCUCUGGGUCCACAAGCUGCGCGAUCGCAUCACAAAGCCUAUCAACGAUCUCAGCAUGGUGGAGUUUCCACUAUUUCAAGGAGAAGACGCUGACAUCGUGAUGAAGAACUACAACGAAAUGAUGAAGCUGCUGGAGCAAUUUGAGUCCAAGAUGUUCAAAGACUGGAGCUCGGGUGUGUCUAAGAAGAUUGAAGUGCACAUGAAAAAGGCUUUGCUGAUUCGCAAGGCCGAUCGACUACUGGAAAUGAACUUCAACCACGUGCUGGUGAUGAUCCUGCUGGAAAUUCGCUAUAUGAAACGGAUGGGCCUUCCGAACAUCCCUCAGAAGGCGUUGGAUUUUUCCGAUCUUGAAGAAGAUCUCUGGCAAGCCCGUAUGAAACUGAUGAGAAUCGUCGAAUGGUACAACGAGAUUCUGGAAAACUGCGUCCUGUGCGAAAAAGAACUCAUCCACAAAGAAAUUGACGAAGUCGACAAGAUAAUCGAGCAAGCCUGCGCGGGCGGAAUCGAUUGGGUCAACUAUGAACCCCAAUUCAUCGAACAUUUCUACGAGAAGUUGAAGAACUUGCAUUCGCGAGUGCUGAAGGCACAGAACAACAUCAAAAAGAUUCUCGAUAGUAUUCGAAGCUGGGGACAGGUACCCCUGUACCAACGCAAGGACGGAAACAAGGAACUUCUGCUGGAUAUAGAUGAUCGUCCCGGAAAAGUGCAACGCCGUCUGCAGGACUGUUUCGACACCAAAAAAUUGAUCGACGUGGCCAUGGAACAGAAUUUCCGUUACUACUUCGACUUCUACGUUGAAUCUGAAGAAAAGAUCUCGGAGAUUUCAGUCAAAGCUAAAGGCACUGAUGAGUCGCUCUCGAUCAAAAAGGAACCAUCCGAAGAGAAAAUCCCCGAUGAGGAAGGAGAAGCUUCUCAGACUGAUACUCUCGAAGAGGUCUCUUCAUUGGAACACUCAGAAUUGGAGCGAACCGCUUCUCAGUUGGCUCUGUUUCGACCCUAUCAGGAAUACGUUGACUCAUUGGUAUCCAAGGAAAUUAUGGAAUCCAUUCAUACCAGUGUUAAGUACAUCAAGUCAGAGAUGGAGAACCGAUCGGGUUACGAUGCUCCACUGUUUGAAAUCAAGUACGAAUUGUGUCCUCCGAAGACUCGCUUCGUGCCUACAUUGGACGCUUUCGAUCCCAAUGGAUUUUUGGCUUUGGUAGAGGGGCUGAUGAUAGACAUCUAUUGUAUGAGCACUACUCCGAGAGUUGCUCAACCACCGGAAGCUGAACGAACCGACGAGAAUGGCGAAGUCAAAUUGUCCACCUAUUUAGAACACCUGGAGAACCAAAAUGAAAUCGAACAGAUGAAGGAUUCGAUUAUAAACCGGGUGAUCCAAACUAUCCGGGAAGCUGAGGAGUACACCCAACGAUUCGACGACUACAACUACCUUUGGUUGGACGACAAGGAAAGCGUUCUGGAGCAGUUUUUGAAAUACGGCCGACCUCUGACGUCAGACGAAAUGGAGAUGCUACGAUCCGCCGACACUCCGCUUCGCGAAGUUGCACCCACACUGGACCAGUUCAAGAUGCAAAUCGACAGCUAUUACGAUCUGUACGACAAGGUAUUCGCUACCAUGAACAUUUCCGUAAGCUUCGAUGUCUGGCUGUCGAUAGAUUUGCGCCACUUCAAAACCGUGCUGCUGAUCGAAAUCAGCAAAUGGUCGAACCUGUACAAACAAAACCUGAUCGAUAAGGUCGUAGACAGUUUGCAGGAACUGGAUGAGUUCGCAAACGAAUGCGAUGAGAUAUUUGUUCUCGAAACCACCGAAGAAGAUUUCCCCACACUGCUAAAAAUCCUUUCUGCAUUAAACAAGCUGAAAGAGCGCGAGAACAUGUACGACAACAUGUUCGAACCGCUCAAGGCGACCGUCGAUCUUCUCAAGGGUUACAAUGUCGAGUUCAACGAGCUCGUCUACAAACGAUUUGCCGAACUGCCGGAGCGAUGGUUACACAUCAAGAAGACGGCAUCGAAAGUGCGCGAAAAGAUCGCCCCGGCGCAGACCUACCAGGUUGACCUGAUCAAGAAGCGAAUCACACUGUUCGACAUCCGUUCCAAGUUAUACAGGGAGGGCUUCAAGAAGCUGGCCUUCUUCAAGGUUCCCUGCGAGAAUGUGUACCAGAUGUGCAAUCAGGUCAACCUGGAGCUCAACAUCAUGGAGACGCAGAUGAAGAACCUCUGCGACUCGGCGGCACUGUUCGAGCUCAAUCCUCCGGAUGAUAACAAGCUCCGGCAGUGUCGGAAGGAGAUUCGAAUGGUCAAGCAGAUUUGGGAUUUUGUCUAUGCGGUGGAGUCUUGCGUGGGUGACUGGAAGAAAACGCCGUGGAAGAAGAUCGACGUAGAAGCGAUGGAAGUCGAGUGCAAGAACUAUGGCAAGCAAAUACGGCAGCUGGAUAAGGAGAUGCGCUCGUGGAAUCCCUAUCUGCACGUGGAGGCAGUGCUGAAGAAUUUGCUGACUUCGUUGCGGGCCAUUACGGAGCUGCAGAACCCGGCUAUCCGGGAGCGCCAUUGGAUAGAGCUGAUGCACGCUACGAAGCUGUUGAAAACUUAUGGAAGGGAAAUGUUGGUCCGUUUCCGGAUGGACGACUCGACGACCCUGGCCGACCUGCUGGAGCUUAACCUGCACAACUACGAGGAAGAGGUGAAGACCAUCGUCGACAAAUCGGUCAAGGAGAUGGGCAUGGAGAAAAUCCUACGGGAUCUGGGGGUGGCCUGGCGCGACCUGGAGUUCGAGUACGACGUGCACGAACGCACGGGUCUAAAACUGCUCAAAGUUUCCGAAGAGGUUAUCGAAAUGCUCGAAGAGAAUCAGGUGCAGCUACAGAACUUGAUGUCAUCGAAAUAUAUUGCCUUUUUCCUGUCGGAAGUUUCCAAGUGGCAACUGUCCCUGUCCAACGCAGAUCAGGUCAUCACGGCGUGGUUCGAGGUGCAGAGGAAGUGGAUGUAUUUGGAGAGCAUAUUCAUAGGCUCAGAGGAUAUUCGUAGCCAGCUGCCGGAAGACUCCAAGCGAUUCGACGGGAUUGAUAGAGAGUUCAAAAAGCUGUUGGCCGAGGUGACAGCAAGUCCGAACAUUGUGAAGGCUACGAACAAGGAUGGGUUGUGCGACAAGUUGGAAGGAUUGCUAGCUGAGUUGGUGCUCUGCGAAAAGGCAUUGAACGAUUAUCUGGAAACUAAGCGAUUGGCGUAUCCCAGGUUCUACUUUGUAUCGUCCGCUGACUUGCUGGAUAUUCUGUCCAACGGUAACCAACCGGAACUGGUGGCGAAGCAUUUGACAAAACUGUACGAUUCUCUCGCCAAGUUGGUGUUUUCUAAAUUAUCAAAGAAGAGUGCCGUUGGAAUGAUAUCCAAAGAGAACGAGGAGUACGUAGCCUUCAAGGAAAACUGUGACUGCAGUGGAAAGGUCGAGAUCUGGCUAAACCGCGUUACGGAUUCUAUGCGAGUCACACUUCACGAUCUGUUUGAGAAAUCUGUUAAUGCGUACGAAGACAAACCUCGAGAUCAGUGGGUCUUCGACUGGCCCGCUCAGCCGGCUCUUUGUGCGACGCAGAUCUGGUGGACUACGGAGGUCAACGUGGCAUUCGCCAGACUUGAAGAAGGUUACGAAAACGCUCUCAAGGACUAUCAGAAGAAACAGAUCAUCCAACUGAAUGCCCUAAUUGUACUGCUGUGCGGCGAUCUCAGUCAAGGCGAUCGCCAAAAGAUCAUGACUAUCUGUACGAUCGACGUCCACUCGCGAGACGUUGUGGCCAAAAUGAUCACGCAGAAGGUCGAAACCGGACAAGCGUUCCAAUGGCAAAGUCAGCUUCGACACCGCUGGGAUACGAAUCUGAGCGAUUGCUACGCAAACAUAUGUGACGCCCAGUUCCGCUAUGAUUACGAAUACCUCGGAAACACGCCUCGCUUGGUCAUCACUCCUCUGACCGAUCGGUGUUACAUCACUUUGACUCAGUCCCUUCACCUGAUAAUGGGUGGUGCGCCGGCGGGUCCAGCCGGAACGGGAAAAACCGAAACCACCAAGGAUCUGGGUCGGGCCCUUGGCAUUAUGGUGUACGUGUUCAACUGCUCCGAACAGAUGGACUACAAAUCGUGCGGCAACAUCUACAAGGGUUUGUCGCAGACCGGGGCCUGGGGAUGCUUCGACGAGUUCAACCGAAUCUCGGUCGAGGUCCUGUCGGUGGUGGCCGUCCAGGUGAAAUCGAUCCAGGAUGCAAUCAAGGGUGAACAAAAAUAUGCAACCCUUAGUGAUAUCAAGGGCAAGAAGGAGAAAUUCAAUUUUAUGGGCGAAAUCAUCUCACUCAUCCCGACGGUGGGCAUCUUCAUCACGAUGAACCCGGGUUACGCGGGCCGUACCGAGCUGCCGGAGAACCUGAAGGCCCUGUUCCGGCCGUGUGCCAUGGUGGUACCGGAUUUUGAACUGAUUUGCGAAAUCAUGCUGGUGGCGGAGGGCUUCCAAGAGGCGCGACUUUUGGCGCGGAAGUUCAUCACGUUGUACACGCUGUGCAAGGAGCUGCUAUCCAAGCAGGACCACUACGAUUGGGGUCUGAGGGCGAUUAAGUCGGUGCUGGUGGUGGCCGGUUCGCUGAAGAGAGGCGACCGAGAACGACCGGAGGAUCAGGUGUUGAUGCGAGCUUUGCGUGACUUCAACAUUCCGAAGAUUGUGACGGAUGACGUGCCGGUUUUCAUGGGACUGAUUGGAGAUCUGUUUCCGGCAUUGGAUGUACCCAGGAAGCGUUCUCCGGAUUUCGAACGGCUGAUUCGCAAAUCUGCUAUGGAAUUGAAGUUGCAACCGGAGGAUAGUUUCAUUCUGAAGGUGGUUCAGUUGGAAGAACUGUUUGCCGUACGUCACUCGGUAUUCAUCGUAGGGUUUGCGGGUACUGGCAAGAGUCAAGUCUGGAAGACCUUGUUCAAAACUUACCAGAACCAGAAGCGCAAGCCGCACUUCAAUGACUUGGAUCCAAAAGCUGUCACCAACGAUGAAUUGUUCGGAAUAAUCAAUCCAGCUACCAGGGAAUGGAAGGAUGGAUUGUUUUCAGUUAUCAUGCGUGACCAGGCAAACAUGGGUGGAACUGGACCCAAGUGGAUCGUGCUGGAUGGCGAUAUCGACCCUAUGUGGAUCGAAAGUUUGAACACCGUCAUGGAUGACAACAAGGUUUUGACUUUGGCCAGUAAUGAGCGUAUUGCAUUGACUAAGGAGAUGCGUUUGCUGUUCGAGAUUUCUAAUUUGAGAACAGCCACUCCGGCUACGGUGUCCAGAGCUGGUAUUUUGUACAUCAAUCCCCAGGAUCUCGGAUGGAAUCCAUUCGUCGCAUCGUGGAUUGACUCCCGAGAAACCCAAGCCGAGAAGUGUAUCCUGUCUGUCCUAUUCGAUAAAUACAUUCCACCGUUGAUCGAGGCGCAGAAACGCUUCAAGAAGAUCACUCCAAUAUCCGAAAUCGCAAUGAUACAGAUGACCUGCCAUCUACUGGACUGCUUGCUUACUCCACAAAACAUUCCACCUGACAGCCCCAAAGAGUGGUACGAAAUCUACUACGUGUUUGCCGUCAUUUGGGGUUUCGGAUCCUCUCUCUACCAAGAUCAGCUGGUGGAUUGGCGUAACGAGUUCCACAAGUGGUGGGUCAACGAAUUCAAAGUCAUCCGAUUCCCGCCCGGUGGAACAAUCUUCAACUACUACAUCGAUCCGGAAACGAAGAAGUUCAAUCCGUGGACUGACCUGGUUCCAAGCUUCGAACUAGACACCGACAUCCCACUCCAGUCGAUCCUCGUCCCGACCGCUGAAACCACCCGACUACGUUGGUUCAUGGACAUCCUGAUCGAAGCGAACCAUCCCGUUAUGCUGAUUGGUGGAGCUGGAUCCGGCAAGAGUGUCAUAACUACGGACAAACUCGUCAACCUGUCCUACAAAUACGCAGUCACGAACGUCCCCUUUAACUUUUACACCACAUCUGAGAUGCUUCAGCGUGUCCUUGAGAAGCCAUUGGAGAAAAAGGCAGGUCGCAACUUCGGCCCACCCGGCAACAAAACCAUGAUCUACUUCGUUGAUGACAUGAACAUGCCUGAAGUAGACACGUACGGAACCGUUCAACCGCACACCUUGAUCCGACAGUUCAUGGACUACCGGCACUGGUACGAUCGCACCAAGCUAACUCUCAAAGAAAUCCACAACUGUCAGUUCGUGUCCUGCAUGAAUCCCACAGCCGGAUCCUUCACCAUCGAUCCGCGUCUGCAGCGACACUUCUGCGUAUUUGCCGUGAGCUUCCCGUCGGGAGAUCCUCUUUAUCACAUCUACUACUCGAUUCUAUCACAGCACCUCGCCAAUCCCCUAAACAAAUUCUCCCUACCAACCCAGAAGAUAUGUGCCGCGUUGGUGUCCUGUGCCUUAAGCCUGCACCUUCGGAUGGGACAGAUCUUCCUCCCGACGGCCAUCAAGUUCCAUUACGUAUUCAACCUGCGUGAUCUGGCCAACAUCUUCCAGGGAAUGUUGUUCGCCAAUGGAGACACUUGUCCUGAACCCAACUACUUGAUACGACUGUGGGUUCACGAAGCAACCCGAGUGUACAGCGAUAAACUGGUCGACGAACGGGACAUUGACACCUUCCGGAAGAUUCGGUCCGAAGUGGUGAAGAAAUCGUUUGAAGAGUUUGACGAGAACAAGGUGUUUUCCAAUCCAAUCAUCUAUUGUCACUUUGCGGAUGGUUUGGUAGAUCCCAAGUACAUGCCCGUGGCCAGUUGGGAAAGCUUGAACAAGACUUUGGAGGAAGCGCAGAGCAAUUAUAAUGAUAUGAUCGGAGCCAUGAAUUUGGUGCUGUUUGAGGAUGCAAUGAGCCACGUCUGCCGAAUUAAUCGGAUCUUGGAAGGACCGAGAGGAAACGCUCUAUUGAUUGGAGUUGGAGGUUCAGGGAAACAAUCUCUAUCGCGAUUGGCUGCGUUCAUUUCCGGACUGGAAGUUUCACAAAUUCAACUGAGGAAAGGUUAUGGCAUUCCGGAUCUGAAGGCGGACUUGGCUGUAUUGUAUAUGAAGGCCGGAGUGAAGAAUGUACCGUGUAUGUUCCUGAUGACGGAUGCGCAGGUCGCAGAGGAGUCUUUCUUGGUGUUGAUCAACGAUCUUCUUGCAUCCGGAGAAAUUCCAGAACUGUUCCCUGAAGACGAAAUUGACAACAUUGUGAACGCUUUACGGAACGAGGUCAAGCAGUUGGGCAUAUUGGACACAAAGGAGAACUGUUGGAAGUACUUCAUCGAGAAGGUGCGGAAGUCGUUGAAGAUUGUGCUGUGCUUCUCACCGGUCGGAUCUACGCUAAGAGUUCGCGCAAGAAAGUUCCCUGCGUUGGUCAACUGCACUGCGAUCAAUUGGUUCCACGAAUGGCCCAAGACGGCACUUGAGUCAGUGUCCAAUAGAUUCCUCGCCGAGGUGGACGUUAUGCCGCGUGAUUUAGUCGAGCCGGUUGCCGUAUUCAUGGCAUACGUGCACGGAACUGUGAACGAGAUGUCACAAAUAUAUUUGCAGAACGAACGGCGAUACAACUACACAACUCCAAAGUCCUUCCUAGAAUUGAUUGCCCUGUAUUCCAAAUUCGUCAAAGAGAAACACACCGAGCUGAACGAUCGGGUCCAUCGACUCGAAAGCGGCAUCCUGAAACUGGCAGAAUGCGCAGAACAGGUCGACUCCCUGCAGGUUCAACUAGCCGAACAGGAAGUGGUUUUGAAAAAGAAGAAUCAGGCUGCCGAUAUACUCAUUAAGGACGUCGGUGCUAAGAAUGAGACUGUACAGAAAGAAAAGAACUUCGCAGCAGAAGAGGAGAAAAAGGUCCGAGUAAUUCAGGAGGAUGUCGGAGCUAAGAAAAAGAUUUGCGAGGAAGACUUGAGAAAGGCCGAACCUGCUCUGAUGGCUGCCCAGCAAGCUCUGGACACGCUGGAUAAGAACAAUCUCACUGAAUUGAAGUCUUUCGGAUCUCCUCCUGAGCAGGUCGUCAAAGUUUGCGCUGCUGUACUGGUUUUAUUCUCGCCAAGAGGUAAAAUUCCCAAAGACCGCAGUUGGAAAUCGUGCAAAAUGAUGAUGAACAAGGUCGAUGUAUUCUUGAACGAUCUUCUGUAUUACGAUAAGGAGCACAUUCAACCGGAUGUGAUUAAAGCGUUGCAGGAAUACCUCAAGGACCCGGAGUUCGAUCCGGAGAAGAUCAGGGCCAAGUCGGCUGCCGCAGCCGGACUGUGUGCCUGGGUCAUCAACAUCCACAAGUUCUAUCAGGUGUAUCUGGUGGUGGAGCCUAAGCAGCGGGCGCUGGACGAAGCGGAAGCCGAGCUGAAGGCCGCCCAAGAUAAACUGAUCGAUUUGACGGCGCGAAUCAACGAACUGGAGGACCAGCUCGGUGUGAUUCAAGCCGACUUCAACGAUGCCCUGGCCGAGAAGCAAAAGUGCCAGGACGAGGCGGACAAGACUGCCUUUACGAUCGACCUGGCGCACCGUCUGGUGAAUGGACUGGCGUCGGAGAAUGUGCGUUGGCGGGAAUCGAUAGCUCAGCUGAAGGGUCAAACGGUGACCCUGCCCGGUGACGUGCUAUUGAUUGCUUGCUUUAUCAGCUACGUCGGUUGUUUCACCAGGCGGUACCGGGUCGAGCUGCAGGAGAAGAUGUGGAUACCGACCUUCCGGCUAUCGAAGCCAGCGAUUCCGUUCACUGAAGGUGUCGACCCACUCAAUCUGAUUGUCGACGAUGCUGUGAUUGCCUCAUGGAACAAUGAAGGUCUUCCGUCAGAUCGUAUGUCCUCGGAAAACGCUGCUAUUCUAACCUAUUCAUCGCGAUGGCCGUUGAUGAUUGAUCCGCAAUUGCAAGGUAUCAAGUGGAUAAAGCAGAAGUACGGGAAUGAUCUAACCGUCCUCCGUCUUACCGCCAGAGGCUACCUGGACGUGAUCGAACGCUGCGUCGUCAACGGAAGCGUCCUGCUGAUAGAGAACAUCGGUGAAACCGUAGAUGCCGUACUCGAUCCUCUUCUAGGUCGAAUGCUAGUCAAGAAGGGCCGCUGCCUGCGAAUGGGCGAGAAAGAGAUCGACUACAACCCGAAAUUCCAGUUAAUCCUACAAACCAAACUCGCAAAUCCACACUACAAACCCGAAAUGCAAGCGCAGACUACGCUGAUCAACUUCACCGUGACACGCGACGGCUUGGAGGAGCAGCUAUUGGCAGAAGUCGUCAAGGCCGAGCGUCCCGAUCUGGAACAGCAAAAGGCAGACCUCACCAUGCAGCAGAACACCUUCAAAAUCACCCUCAAAAUGCUAGAAGAUGACUUGCUGAGUCGCCUGUCCUCUGCAGGAGAAAACGUCCUCGAGGACGCCAGCUUGGUCAUAAACCUGGAAAAGACCAAAAAGACAGCAGCCGAAGUCGAAGUUAAAGUACGCGAAGGCAAAAAGACUUCCGAAAUGAUCGACGUUGCUCGCGAGAGUUAUCGUCCGGCAGCAGAACGCGCGUCGAUCCUGUACUUCAUCCUCAACGAUCUGUACAAGAUCAAUCCGAUAUAUCAGUUCUCGUUGAAGGCAUUCACGACCGUGUUCAAGGAUGCCAUUGCGGGUACUCCGCCGGCUGAGAAGCUCAAAGAUCGGGUGUUCAAUCUGAUCGAUUCGAUCACGUUUGCUGUGCACAUGUACACGAGUCGCGGUUUGUUCGAGAAGGACAAACUAAUUUUCAUGGCCCAGAUGGCGAUUCAGAUCUUGUUGGUUGCAAAAGAGAUAGACCCAGCGGAAUUGGAUUUCCUGUUGAGGUUCCCGUAUACACCGAAUUUGACCUCACCGUUCGAAUUUCUGACCAAUGCUGGUUGGGGUGGCAUCAAGGCACUGUCCAACAUGGACGAAUUCAGAUCGUUGGAUAAGGAUAUUGAGGGUUCGGCAAAGAGGUGGAGGAAAUUGAUUGAGUCCGAGUGUCCAGAGAGGGAGAAAAUGCCGGGAGAGUGGAAGAAUAAGAACGCCUUGCAGAGGUUAUGCAUCAUGCGCUGCUUGAGACCGGAUCGAAUGACUUACGCCGUACGGGCAUUCGUCGAAGAGAAACUUGGUGCGAAAUACGUUGAGGCUCGCAUGGUAGAGUUCGACAAGUCAUUCAGAGAAACUAGUUCGUCUACACCGGUGUUCUUCAUCCUUUCGCCUGGCGUAGAUCCGUUGCAGGACGUUGAAAAACUUGGCAAAAAGAUGCGCUUCUCAACGGACCACGGCAAUUUCUACAACGUUUCGCUUGGCCAAGGUCAAGAAGUUGUCGCCGAGAAGGCCAUAGAUGACGCCUCUCGAGAAGGACAUUGGGUUAUUCUACAGAACAUCCAUCUGGUUGCUAAGUGGCUCCCCACGUUGGAGAAAAAGAUGGAAGCUACUCAGGAAGAUUCGAACGAGAAUUAUCGUCUCUUCAUCAGUGCCGAACCUGCGCCUUCUCCAGAAUACCACAUUAUUCCGCAGGGAAUAUUGGAAUCCGCUAUCAAGAUCACCAAUGAACCCCCUACUGGAAUGUUGGCCAACAUCCACAAAGCGCUGGACAACUUUAACCAAGAAACCCUGGAGAUGUGUGGCAAGGAAGCCGAAUUUAAGGCAAUCCUGUUUUCGCUCUGUUACUUCCAUGCUGUAGUGGCCGAGCGGAGAAAGUUCGGCCCUCAGGGAUGGAAUCGUGUCUAUCCGUUCAACGUCGGAGAUCUCACCAUCAGCGUUUACGUGCUCUACAACUACCUGGAAGCGAACAAUCGUGUCCCGUGGGAAGAUCUUCGAUAUCUCUUCGGCGAAAUUAUGUACGGCGGUCACAUCACCGACGAUUGGGACAGACGUCUCUGCCGGACAUAUUUGGAGGAACUCAUGCAACCCGAAUUGGUUGAUGGAGAUCUUAAUUUGUGCACCGGAUUCCCAGCUCCUCCAAAUCUCGACUACGCAGGAUAUCACAACUACAUUGAUGACAACCUACCCGUCGAAUCCCCAUACCUCUACGGACUUCAUCCCAAUGCAGAAAUCGGAUUCCUGACCACACUUUCGGAGCAACUGUUCAAAACCAUCUUCGAGUUGCAACCCAGAGAUUCAGGGGCUGCCAGUGGAUCGACCGUAAGUCGUGAAGAUGUGGUCAAAACCAUCAUUGAAGACUUCAGCGAUAAACUACCGGAAGAGUUCAACAUGGCUGAUCUGAUGGCUCGCGUCGAGGACCGAACACCGUUUGUGAUUGUCGCUUUCCAGGAGUGCGAACGAAUGAACAUUCUAGUGCGGGAGAUGAAGCGAUCCCUGCGAGAACUAAUGCUCGGUCUUAAAGGAGAACUUACUAUCACAUCCGACAUGGAAAACUUGGAAGCAUCGUUAUUUUUCGACGCCGUACCGGAAAAUUGGACCAAGCGGGCUUACCCGUCCAUGUUUGGACUACAAUCGUGGUUUGCCGAUUUGACCAUUCGUAUCAAGGAAUUGGAAUCUUGGUCCAACGACUUCAAUCUACCAUCGUCGGUAUGGCUGGCCGGGUUCUUCAAUCCGCAGAGUUUCCUGACGGCGAUUAUGCAACAGACGGCUCGCAAGAACGAGUGGCCGCUGGAUAAGAUGUGCCUUAGUUGUGAUGUUACCAAGAAGUUUAAGGAGGACAUUAGUGCACCUCCUCGCGAGGGAGCCUAUGUUAAUGGACUGUACAUGGAAGGGGCCCGGUGGGACCUAAAUAUCGGAUCGAUUGCCAGUUCCCAGUUGAAGGAACUGUUCCCGCAAAUGCCGGUCAUAUUCAUCAAGGCCAUUACGCAGGACAAACAGGAGACGAAGAAUAUUUACGAGUGUCCCGUUUACAAAACUCGAGAUCGAGGACCUACUUACGUUUGGACGUUCAACUUGAAGUCCAAGGAAAAUCCGGCUAAAUGGACGUUAGGAGGUGUUUGUUUGCUGCUUCAAGUCUAAUUUGGUAUGAAGAUAUGGUUUUUUGAUUACACUUGUGAUAGAUUAGAGCUGUGUGUUUUGCUGUGACGAACUGAAAAAAAUAUAUCUUAUUAAUUAAAGAAUAACAUUACUAUGCAGUUUACAUUGAAA